AGUCAGGUAACUAAAUCAGUUUCAGAGCAAAUGCUUUGCAUGGCCUGGAGAGCAUUAAUCGAUUCCUCGCUCGCCUGUCAAGUUCUGCGGAAGGAUGAUGACCGUAUUUAUUUCCUUAGCAAACCCUGGAUCCCGCAGCCAGUCCACGCUGUCCCCGUACACCAGCUCAGUUAAUUCUCCACACGCUGAAAAACAUGCGGGAGUUUCCUGUGUCACAGCUUCAGUGGAUGACAUCCAGUUCCAGGAGACAGCCAGAGUUGGACAAGUAAUAACCAUCAAAGCAAAAGUUACUAGAGCUUUCAGCACGAGCAUGGAGAUCAGUAUCAAGGUUACGGUACAGGACAUGUUCACUGGCAUUGAGAAGCUCAUUAGUGUUGCUUUCUCUACUUUUGUAGCCAAACCAGUUGGAAAGGAAAAGAUUCAUUUGAAACCAGUCACACUUCUAACGGAACAAGAUCACGUCGAACAUAACCUGGCUUCUGAGAGAAGGAAGGUUCGAUUACAGCACGAAGAUACCUUUAACAACUUAAUGAAGGAAAGUAGCAAGUUUGAUGAUCCCGUUUGUGAUGAAGAGGAAGGAACAGUCUCUACAAGGGGCACCGCUGUCCAGAGCAUUGAACUCGUCCUCCCACCUCAUGCAAACCAUCAUGGAAAUACCUUUGGUGGCCAGAUCAUGGCUUGGAUGGAGACAGUGGCCACUAUUUCAGCCAGCCGCCUGUGUUGGGCACAUCCCUUUCUGAAGUCUGUGGACAUGUUCAAGUUUCGGGGACCAUCUACAGUUGGGGACCGUCUUGUCUUCAAUGCCAUUGUCAACAAUACAUUUCAGACCUGUGUCGAAGUUGGAGUGCGUGUGGAGGCCUUUGACUGCCAGGAAUGGUCCAAGGGACGAGGCCGUCACAUCAACAGUGCUUUCCUGAUUUAUAAUGCCGUCGAUGAUAAGGGAGAACUCAUCACGUUUCCCAGAAUCAAACCCAUUUCAAAGGAUGAAUAUAGACGCUAUUGGGGAGCUGUUGCACGCAAGAGAAUUCGCUUAGGCAGAAAAUAUGUUAUUUCCCACAAAGAAGAGGUUCCACUUCUCAUACACUGGGAUAUAAGCAAGCAGGCAUCCCUGAGUAAUGGCAACGUGGAGGCUCUCAAAAAGUUGGCGGCCAAAAAGGGUUGGGAGGUGACCAGCGCUGUGGAAAAGAUAAAAAUAUACACUCUGGAAGAACACGACGUUGUAUCAGUUUGGGUUGAAAAGCAUGUGGAAAGUCCAGCACACUUGGCUUAUCACCUCUUGUCUGACUUUACAAAGCGACCUUUGUGGGACCCCCAUUGCAUGUCCUGUGAAGUCAUAGACUGGGUGAGUGAAGAUGAUCAGAUAUAUUACAUCACCUGUCCUACGGUGAACGGUGACAAGCCCAAAGACUUGGUAAUACUUGUAUCACGAAGAAAGCCUCUCAAAGAUGGAAACACUUACACAGUGGCAGUGAAGUCGGUGACCCUGCCCUCAGUCCCACCGUCUCCACAGUACAUCAGAAGCGACAUCAUCUGUGCUGGAUUUCUCAUCCGUCCUGUCGACAGCAGUUCGUGCACUGUAUCUUACUUUAACCAGAUUUCUGCUAGCAUCCUUCCUUACUUUGCUGGAAAUCUUGGUGGCUGGUCAAAAUCCAUCGAAGAAGCAGCAGCCUCCUGUAUACGAUUCAUAGAGAGUACUACCAUGGAUGGGUUUGCGAGCACAUUUUAACGGUCAGCUAUCAACUCUCUAGAAUGUAAUAUCCCAUUUUUAAUUCCAAGCACUCUUAUCCUGGAUACUUGGCAAACUUUGGGGCCAUAAAGUAAUUUAACAUCAGCCUAAGCAAAAUGGAGUUCAGAAGAGGAAAAAAAAAAAAAAUCAGCAAGCCCAUGGCCUGGUAGUUAAGGGGGCUGAAUCCCAUCACAUGGCCAACUGCACGGCUCAAGUCUCCAACCCAGUGGCUUGAAAUAUAGGCCAGGUACAUGCAUGAGGAUGCUCAAAAUGUUGAGAGGAGGAAGACAGAAAAGGGAUUGCAGCAUCACUGUGCCCCAUAGUGGGGGUUGGGGGUUGCUUUCUUGUUUUCCUUGUCUGACUCCCUCUCUGGACAUGCACCUCUGGCAAAUUAAAAAAAAAAAAAAAAAUUGUUUGUAAAACCAUCUGCUAUGGUUUGGCUAAUGGUAUGUCCUCCAAAGUUUCAUGUUUGGGGAUUUGGUCCCAAUGUAAUGGCACCGGGAGAUGGUAAGACCUUUAAGAGGUGAGGCCUAGUGGGUGGCCUCAUGGGAACACUAAUCUCAUGAAUGAAUGAAUGCUGUGUCUCCCAACAGGGGUGAGUUCUCACACUCAUGAGAAGGGCCUAAUUUCUACCAGAAUGGGUUCUAAAAGUAAGAGCUGCCCAGAGGUUCUCUCUGUUCACAUGCACCUUUUUUCUUGCUUCUGUUGACCAUGUUGUGAUACAGGACUAGAGGCCGCCCAGAUGCCAAACCCAUGUUCUUGGACUUAGCAGUCACCAGAAUCAUGGGCCAAAUAAGCCUCUAUUCUUUAUAAAUCACCCAGUCUUGGGUACCUCUUUUUAGCAAUACAGUAAUGGGCUUAGACAGUAUCUCAAGUCAAACACCAGAAAUCUGGAUUUGCAUGGGAAGAACUGUAAAACUCAGUUUUAGAUCUUCGGUGGUUCUGCUUCUUCUAGGGACACAGAUAAUGGGAAAUUGCCAGGGUACUAUAUCACAUGUUUUGUAAAAUGGUACCAAUGCAGUUAAAAUGAUCACAAGCAGUUUUAGGUUACAGAGGUGAGACAUAUGUCCUGUUAGAAAUGUUAUAUGAGUUUAUAAAAUUUAAAAUGAUGAUUUGCUAGAAGGUGACUAGUUGAUUAAUGUAUGGCAUUGUUCCACGUGCAGCAGGUGUCUGCAUGGCAGGAGCAUCUGACAAGAUGUAUUACAUGUUUUAGAGCUUUAAAUUAGGGAGACAUUAAACCAUAAUGGAGCCCAAUCAAUUUUAGUAAUAAGAACUACUUUACUAGUGUCAUUUAACAUAUAUUCAAGGUGGCUGACCAAUUUAGUAUCUAUUGCUAUAUAUACACACAAAGUACCUGCAAAAUGUGAUAUUGCGGGGAAAGAAUAUUUCCUGAGCUCUUCUUUCAUAACCAUCACAUUAGCACUUCAUCCCCUGGACUUCAACAUUCAUUAUUCGCCUCUGUCUGUGAUUUGUCUUAACUCACAAGACAAACCAGAAUAUGUCAAAUUCGCCUCCUCUACAGGACAACUUUGAAAAGUCAGAAGAGUUCUGCGUUUGAACUUAGAACACUGACCACGCUAGAUCCGUCCUGCUGUUAGUUUGCCAGCUCUCUGCUGCCGCUGCCUCUGCCCACCUCCCACCCACCCAAGUCGUAAUUAUUUUUAGUUUUCUAUGUCAGCAUAUCUUCAUUUACAUUAACUUUGAACUGUGCUGUAAUUUUAGGAAUUAAUAUUUAUAUACAAUAGAAGAGUGGAUAUGAUUUAUAGGUUAAAAUAAUUGUACAUUACAUUCCAGAAGUAGAAAGAUUUGGGGGGAAUACUUUUACAUUUUAAAAAAGGUGGAAAAAUUAAUAAUAAAGAGGUUAUAUUACACUGAAA